AUGCAUUAUUUUAAUGAUGUUGGAAGGUCUAAUUACAAAAUUUAUAGUCCAAAUACAGGCUUAAAUAUGCUUGGGUCUAUAAGAUGGGGAAGUGGAGUGGAUAUUGACAGAGCUGUUGAUAUGAUUCAAUAUAGACUGUGGCUGUGGUGGUUAAACUUAAAGGCAAAGGAGAAAUCCCUUGUGUCAUCCAUAUUCGAAUGGAUUGAGAACCCAAAGCUUACCUCUCCGCCGUCACCGGUAUCCUGCUGCUGGGAAGAUGAUGGAAGACUCGCUUCCUUCAACACCUCCUUCCUCAUCAACAUCUUUCGAGUCUCCAAUGCUACCCCCGGUGAAGGCCUCGCCUUCCUCAUCGCUCCUUCCCUCACCAUCCCUCGCAACAGCUACGGCCUCACCAACGCCUCCACCGACGGCAACUCCACCAACCGCUUCGUCGCCGUCAAGCUCAGCACCGUCAACCACGAGGUCGGCGUCGACGACAACUACAUCGGACUCGACGUAAACGGCAUCAAGUCCUCCAAAAACAUCGUUUCCCUCACCCGGUUCAGCAUUCGGAUCGCUCCCGUUGGGGCCCAGUUCUACGUGCUGUGGGUGGAGUACGACGCAGAUCGGAGGUUAAUUAGCGUCUACAUGGCGGAUCAACCUUCUCCGGAAGCUCCGGUGGUGGAGAAGCCGGCCGAGCCCUUGUUGACUUGGCCUCUUAAUCUCAAAUCGGUAGUGAAUCAAAUGUCGUAUUUUGGGUUCUCCGCUUCAACAGGUAUUGCUGUUGAGCUGAACUGUGUCCUUAAAUGGAACAUAUCCAUUGAGGUUUUCCCCGACAAGACUAAUAUUUUGAAACAUGGUGAAAAUUCGAACUCACUGAGGAUAGGUUUGGGUGUUGGGGUGCCUCUUGGGAUUCUCGUUGUGGCGAGUGUUGGUGGAUUUUUGGGCUACAUUUUCUGGAACAAGAGGGAAAAUGCCUCUGAUCCUCUGCUUGUUGGGACCCUCAAGAACCUACCCGGAACCCCGAGAGAGUUUCGGUACAAGGAUCUCAAGAAGGCAACCAAUAACUUCGACGAGAAAAACAAGCUUGGGCAAGGAGGGUUUGGUGUUGUUUACAAGGGAACACUGCCGGAUGAAGGGUUGGAAGUGGCGGUUAAGAAAUUCUCCAGGGACAAGAUGAAGAGCACGGAUGAUUUCUUGGCUGAACUCACCAUUAUCAAUCGUCUUCGUCACAAGCAUCUUGUCAGGUUACAAGGAUGGGGCCACAAAAACGGCGUAUUGCUCUUGGUGUACGAUUACAUGCCCAAUGGCAGCUUAGACAACCACAUUUUUUGUACGGAAGGGAGCAGCAUUAGCCCCCUAAGUUGGCAUCUUCGGUACAGGAUCAUAUCAGGGGUGGCAUCUGCACUGAAUUACCUGCAUAACGAUUAUGACCAAAAAGUGAUUCACAGAGACCUUAAGGCAAGCAACAUCAUGCUGGACACUGACUUCAAUGCUCGGUUAGGUGACUUUGGCUUGGCUCGCGCAAUUGAAAAUGAGAAAACAUCAUAUGCAGAUCAGAUGGAAGGAGUUCAGGGCACUCUGGGAUACAUUGCACCUGAGUGUUUCCACACAGGCAAGGCCACUAGGGCAUCAGAUGUUUAUGGGUUUGGAGCUGUGCUCCUUGAGGUGGUGUGUGGUCAGAGGCCAUGGACAAAGAUUGAGGGUUACCAGUUUUUGGUGGACUGGGUGUGGCACUUGCACCGCGAAGGAAGGAUAUUAGAAGCAGUGGAUCAUAGACUCGGGGAUGAGUAUGUGAGUGAAGAGGCAGAGAGGGUAUUGAAAUUAGGACUAGCAUGCUCACACCCCAUUGCCAAUGAGAGACCUAAAAUCCAGGCAAUUGUUCAGAUCAUAUCUGGCUCAAUGCCUGUGCCUCAUGUACCACCAUUCAAGCCAGCUUUUGUGUGGCCAGGUUGGGAUCUAGAGAGUCUUCCAGAUAUCCUUACAGAAACAAUGAGUAGUACUGAAUGAAUACAUGGUGGCUUUUAAGUUCUCACACGCACUAGCAUCUGAUUAGCUGGUAACAAUACCAACCCUUACAUUUACAUUAUGGAUUGAGUGAAUGUUUAUAUUGGUUAUUGGUGUCUCCAGAUUUCUUAAGACUAGACCAAGCAGUAAGGGCACCCAACCUAGCCGCCAUAACCUGUAUGAGUGAAGAUCGUCUGACCUUUGUUUUGGUAACAUUGAACAGUGAAGAUCAGCUAUAUCCCUUUGGUUGCCCAUCACUAGUCCAAUCCCUUUUCAUGUUACCGCAUUGUAACUCACAAUCCUGUAAUACAAUGCCUUGGCAUAUAAGUUCCCAACAUUUAUAAGCUAGGAUACUCAUAUUAUUUUUCACAGGUUACAUUGA